AAGGGCACGAUCCGGCCCGGCGGGGACCGGAGGCGCAGCAGAAGGAGCGGUCGCCCAGCUUGGAGCCCACCGCGCCCGAGAACGAGAGUUGGGCAGAGCGACGGCGGGGCUGCUCGUCUCCGCGGAUGCCACUAGACCGACCAUGGAGCCCCGUGGGGACAACGACCGGCUGGCCAACGCCGCUGCCCGGGGAAACGCGGAGACGGUGGGGGACCUGCUGGAGAGCGGCGCAGACCCCAACGCGGUGAAUUCCUAUGGCAGGACCCCGAUCCAGGUCAUGAAGCUCGGGAACCCCAGGGUGGCAGAGGUGCUGCUGCAGAGCGGAGCGGAUCCCAACCGGCCAGACCCCACCACUGGCUGCCUCCCAGUUCACGACGCAGCUCGCGAGGGGUUUCUGGAUACCCUGCAGGUGCUGCACUUAGGUGGAGCACACCUUGACCUGAAGGACAAUGAAGGCCACCUCCCUAUUGACCUGGCUGAAAAAGAAGGCCAUUCCCUCGUGGUCCGUUACCUCCAAGAGCUGUCUGGCUGAAAUGCUUUGAUGCAGCAGGAGUAUCAGGAAAAGGGCAAUGCU